AUGCACUCAUCAUCCCCAGAAAGAUCAUCAGUUAAGAUUACCUACGCCGCCGGCAAGUCAAAGCGACAAAGGCCAUUUGCUCAUGACUCUAUAUCACCAGCACCGAACACCACCCACGAUCGAGCAGAAGCCUAUGUCGCGUCACAGGAUGCAACCAAGAGAGAAAAGCUUCCGUCAUCGUCGAAGAAGAAGUCUGCAAUGAAGCGUCGGACCUCGCCGUUCCCUGCAGCUCCCGACGGAACGGGCGCGCAGGGCCCUGCGCUUGGCGCCGUCGGGGUUGCUGAUGCGCUGCUGGCGCGCUCCCUCCCCUUCCUUUUCCUCCUUCUCUCUCUCACCCUCCUCCCCGCCCUUUCCAUUCUCGCUCUCGGCCUCCUCCGACCCUGCGCACCCAUCAAGAUGGACGACAACGGCUCGGGAAUGGACGUAGACGCGCCGGAUGGGCCGAUCCCAACUGGGCAGGUCGUUCCCACGGUCCCAGAACCUUCGGAUUCCAUGCUACCGUUUCCGGGAAAGCCCAUGCCCGAUGGGGAAUUCACCACUGUGUACCUUGAUGUCAACCAGAGGAAUGCUGUCCUGCAGCAAUGGUGUGCUGGCUUUGGCCUGCCCAAGAGUGGGAACAAGGCAGAGAUGGUCGCUCGUCUCCGUGCAUUCAGUGGUGACUCCAGCCGCUGGGACAGCCUCCGUGUUGGUGCUACCAAGGCCCAUCGUAACCCCAGUGGGAUCACCAAGGCCCGUUCGAAGCCCAAGCAGUCCACUCUUCGCCGUAACAGGCUUUUCGAAGAGGCGGGCUCCUCCUCACGCUUGCUCUCUGUCUUGCCAACAGAUGACGCAUUUGACAACCGGACCAUGGAGGAGAAGAACAGCAUCCUGGCUUGGGCCAAACGGUUCAAGGCGAAAAACCCUUACCAUCCUCCUGAUCAUCCACUCAGGCAGGUGACAAGGGUUGGGCACAGUGCUUCUGCUCCAUCUCUGCCCUCCUCCAGUGGUGCUAUUGUCCAUGAGGAUAUCCAGCAUAUCAAAGACUCCCUUGCGCUUGUCACCAGCCGUCUGAACCUCCUACCAUCUUCGUCUCCCUCCUCCUCUCCAACCACCCACUCCUCCUCUCCUUCUACUCCAUUGCCUGUUCUUCCCACCGCCUCUGGUACACCAGCGCUCUUGAAAUCGUUCACCUUGACUCUUGGAAACGGCUCCCGCUUGUCAUUCACCGUCCUCGAUGUUCCUGAACCACCUUUUCUUUCCUUCGCUAAGGAUCUCGAGAGCCUUCCCCCCAUCUGGUCAGAUAUGUCGCCCCUCUGGGAACCAAGCAAGGCCCCCUUCAGCAUCCACGGACACCCAAUCGCACUGGUACAUUGGAGAGAGCUCUAUCACUGCAAGCCUCAGCAGUGGAACGGGUUGAAGAAGCGUUGGCAUGAACGCAAGAUGAUUGCAGAGCAUUGGUUGGGGACGACUCCCACCUUGUUCUGGGCAGAGUUCACCAACCCGAAGGGUGAACGCCUCAGCUACACUGCCAUUCUCAGUGAAUUGCAGAGGCGCAGCAAGAAGCGGAACACCCAGGCUGCUGAGGCUGCUCAUGCACGGUAUGGCUCCAACUUUUCUGAUCAGUUCACAUAUGAGAAGCAUGGGAAGACUCAUGUGCUUAGCCAACCGUCUGCUAUUGCAAAGCACUUUCGUAACAUGGAGUAG